AUGGCCGCUGCUGAGCAGCCACAGCCGCAUCACAAAGCCCCCCCGCAUUCUCAGGUUCCUCUACUCUCCCACUCACAACCUUUGACUGUCUGGGUCACCUUUCUCGCCUUCAAACGAGCUCAUUAUAUCUCAAGUCUCAGGCUUUCAGUGGGACACUCAGCCCGCUACCUGCGCCGCAAGCCCCCUGCCGGUGGUUACACCACAGGCAUCGUCGGGUGGGCUGCAGCCACUGAGAUCUCUCAGUAG